CUGCGGCUGUUCUGUUUUUAAUGUGUUGCUCUGUUUCCAGGCAGACAUACCCCUCUUUGAGUGGAGUUCAUUUUUCUCUGGCUGUUUUUCCAUUUGCCUUCUCUUUAGGAGGUAAAUUUGUCAGCCUACUAUUUUGGUCUCUCAGUUCCCUGCAGCAGCAGAACCUGUGAUCAAAGCUGCAACAGCAAUAUAAAGGAGGAAAACCAAAAUUGCUCUGAAUAUGAGGGUUUUUUCCUUUUUCUCUGCUUUUUUUUCUUAUCUUUGGAAAGGGGAUGCUACAGACUCCUGUGUCCAAGGAAGCACAAAGAAGGGUGCUUGCACCGCAGUCUUGACUGCUCCUGUAAAAAUGCCCAAGUAAGGCUGUCAAAACAAUGUUACUGCAGGAGCACAAGACUUGCAUGGUUAAUUGCUCUGAACCCUAGAUUGCUUUCUGAUGAGUUUGGCUUAUUUUCCUGGGAGUUUUAUAGCAGUCCUUUGAUUUGCUGCACAUACACGACGGACCUUUAUUUGAGAUAUCUUUCUUUUUAGUAUUGCAAGGAUGGCAACCUAACUAAGCACUCAGGUUCUCACCCUGCUGCUUGGGUAAGCCUGCAUCCAGUCCUCACCGCUAGCAUGGUGGCUGCGUUGCCAGCCACAGCAGAGUCUUUGAGAAAUGUCAGUUUGAGGUGUUGGUUGUCACUUGCAUAAGCCCGGGAUCAUGUGACUAGAACUGAUGUUCAAUUGGUGACAGUUUUUUGUGGAAACUACUUUAAAAAGUGGUUUAAAAGUGAUCCACAGUGUGCAUCAUCUGAGUUUCAGGAAAAAUCUAAACCCAAAGAUUUCAGGUAAACCUAUUUUCCUAAACAAUUAUUGUGAUUACAUUUAAUUUAAUUUUUUUUCUUCUCUUGCAAAGCCAAACUCAUAACUAUUAUUUAAUGAAAAUUAACUCUUGACACUCUUCCUUUUCAUCAGUGUAAGGUGUCCACUGGUUGUCUGGUGAGCCUUGGUCCUGUCUGAUAUUACUGUCCCACAGUAUCUUACUGCAAAAUUAUGGUGGCCUCCACAGGCCUUUUCCAAGUCUGGGUCUACACGACAUCCAACAUGAAAUUGCAAGUGUGGAUUAAGGUACAGCCAGAACAGAUUGCCUGGAGCAAUGUCCUGACAGGCACCCCAUGGGUUGUCUGUCAGCAGUCCACAGUAGGCAUGGGAGAUGUGGAGGAAGCCGUGCCUGUGCCAUCUCCAGAGGAUGCCUUAGGACCCACCACUGUCACCAGCAAGCUGAUGGGGGGAAGCUGAUGAUAAGAAGCUGGGAGAUGUCAAGUUGUCAUGUUCUUCUUAUAAGAAGUGUGUAGAAGGGAAAAGCCCGGAAGGUAUGCAGCUUUCCCUUUCCCUACCAAUAUUUAUCUCAAUUUCACCAGCAUCUCUGCAUUGGCCAGGUAAUCAUCCAGUAGGUAAGUCAAAGUAAGGAGACUUGAUUUACUGGUUGGCAGAAAGAUUCCCAAUAACAUAUUAAAACAAGUCCCUGUUGUAGGAAGAGUUGAAAAGAGCAUUCAGAAGUGGGUUGGUCUCCCACCAGCAAUUUUAAUAGAAGAGAUUCAGCUAUCCCCUCCCUUUGAUUUUUUUUUUUUUAUGGAGCAUUUUGUGGAAGAACUUAAAAGCUGCUGAAAAUUCAGGUACCGACUAGAUAGAUGGAAGAGAUGGGGAGUGAAGGAAGACUUGCUGAACACGGCAGAAUCCACCCCAAAACCUGGCAGGUCAGUAUUGGGUCAAUAACAAAUUGUGAGAGGUAAUAAAGCGACAGGCAAAGAUGUGGUAACUGCAGCUUUCCUCUCACCUCUGACAUUGCAGAUCUUUCCCUCUAAGACGUGGGCAGACUCUUCUCCACACAGAAGAGGCAGGGGGUGGAGCUCAGCGCCUGUAUAAAUUAUAUGUGUUCUUCAGGUUAUUUCAGCAGCAACAACAAGCUGUAAGCGUGUUUGUCAGCUGACAGAUCCGUUCCCCAAAUUGGAUUUUCUGUUGCUGUCGCCAUCUUGCAUGUCAUGGGGAGCCCACCAGCCAAGAUGAAGAUUUGCCCCAUCCACAUGCUUUCUGUAAGAAUCAUACAAGCUAAGAACAUCAAGUCAAGAGACCUGUGGACAGUUCCACUUUCCUGCCAAAACCUUGCGGGGCAAUGUUAUUCACUGCUUGAUACCAGUCUGAAGUAUUUAGGCCUCUCGGGCUGCAGUAGACAUCUUCAGUCAAGUCCAGACUCCAGCUCUGAAAGACAUCACCUUGGAGAUUUCCUUUCACACCGUUGUCAAGCUUCACAAAUGACCGCAUCAGACUGCUAUGUGCGCUUGUGGCUGCCAUCUGCUUUGAAUGGAAAGCUUCAGACCAAAACCAUCAAGAAUUCUGACAACCCUGUCUGGAAUGAGACUUUCUACUUUAGGAUCCAGAGAGAAGUUGAGAACAUUUUAGAAUUGGCAGUGUGUGAUGAAGAUCCACUCACCAAAGAUGACAUGCAGUUCACAGUUCUUUUUAAUGUUGCUAGAAUCAGACCCGGGGAGACACUCCGUGAGACUUUUGCUUUAAAAUCAGAGAAAGAGAGGUGCACUAAGAAAUGGGAAAGUUUGGAAGUAGAAUUCUGGAUGGAAAGAAUUCCUGGCCCUCCAGAGCACCUCAUUACCAAUGAUGUCCUAGUGUCCCGUGAGGUUUGCUGCUUGGAAGUGCAAUUGGACAUUAACGAAAGCAGGAAAUAUUUGAAAGAGGGUAAAAAUCUUGUGCUUACGGUGUCUGCAUCUCAUGAGGGAACACAGAAAACAACAGACGACACAGAUACUUUCUACUUCCAUUGCGUGAAGGCUUGGGAGCCAGUUCUAAAAGUCAGGCUGCAGAAAGUUUCUGAUAAGGAAGAUGACAAUAGUAAUUUAAGUGACACCUUAACAGUACCACUGAAAUUUCUCCCUGUUGGACAUAAAGUGAAAAUAACCCUCCCUGUAAGACAUAAUGUGCCACUGCAGUUGUACCUCCAACUAAAUGAUUGCACAGAAAAACUAGAUGUGCGCUUAGGGUAUGAUCUGUGCCGAGAAGAGCAAGAAUUCUUGCAAAAAAGGAAGAGAGUGGUUGCCGGUGCCCUGAAAAGGGUUCUUCAUCUGGAAAGAGAUCUACAUGGACACGAGGUCCCGGUAAUAGCUGUUAUGGCAACAGGCGGAGGCCUCAGAGCAAUGUCAGCUAUGUUUGGGCACCUCUUAGCUCUUCAGAAGCUACAUCUGUUGGACUGUGUUACCUAUAUCACUGGGGCUUCUGGCUCGACAUGGACCCUAGCAGACCUGUAUGAGCAUGCCGACUGGUCACAGAAGACUCUGGAGGGGCCACUUAAGGCAGUAAAAGAGCAAGUGACAAAAUGCAAGCUCAACCUUAUGUCUAUAGAGCAUCUGAAGUAUUAUCACAAGGAACUCGCUGAAAGGGCAAAAGCAGGACAUGUGUCAUCUUUUACAACUCUGUGGUCACUUGUUCAGGAAAUGUUCUUACAUGAACGGCCAAGAAAGUACAAACUCACAGACCAGCGCAAGGCAUUGGAGCAUGGACAAAACCCCUUGCCUUUCUAUGCAGUCCUCAAUGUGAAAGAGGAAAAGUUCAGUACUUUCAAAUUUAGAGAGUGGGCGGAGUUCUCUCCUUACGAGGUGGCCAUACCAAAAUACGGAGCCUCCAUUCGUUCAGAAUAUUUUGACAGUGAAUUUUUCAUGGGAAGGCGAGUGAAGAAGCUGCCAGAAUCUCGGAUCUGCUAUCUGGAAGGUCUUUGGACAAACAUCUUUACAAGGAAUUUGCUGGAUGGCUUGUAUUGGUCCUCAAAUUCAAAUGAAUUCUGGGAACGAUGGGCCAAAGAUAUGGUAGAUAUAGACAAACAUUCCCCUGAGGAUGAUGUCACUAUCAUCGAGCCUCCAUCUUGUCUGUCAGGGAAACUGUAUGAAAUGUUUCAGGACAUUAUGACCAAGCGUCCACUACUGGGAAAGUCUCAUAACUUCCUGAGAGGCUUAGAAUUUCAUAAGGAUUAUAUCCAUCAGAAAAAAUUUAUUGAAUGGAAAGACACCGUGCUGGACUCUUUCCCUAACACUCUGACACCGCUGCAGAAAUAUCUUUGCCUGAUAGAUGUUGGCUAUUUCAUCAACACCAGUGGUGCAGCACUUUUCAAGCCAGAGAGGGGUGUAGAUGUCGUUAUCUCACUUGAUUAUGGUUUGGGGAAUGUGUUCAAGCAAUUAGAGAUGACAUACAAAUAUUGCAAGAUACAAAAAAUCCCAUUCCCCGAAGUGGAGAUAAGUAAAGAAGAAGAGAAGAACCCAAAGGAAUGUUACGUGUUUUCGGAUGCGGAGGACCCCAGAGCACCCAUAGUAAUCCAUUUCCCCCUGGUGAAUGACACCUUUAAGGAAUUCAAGGAGCCUGGAGUAAAGCGCUGUCUCUCAGAGAUGGAAGAGGGCAAAGUAAAUCUGGAGAACAACUGCUCACCCUAUUACCUCAUUAGGCUAAUCUACUCCUCUGAAAAUUUUGACAAACUUGUGAACCUGAGCAAAUACAACAUCCUCAAUAACAAAGACCUGCUCCUCCAGGCAAUCCGGAGUGCUGUAGAACGGAGGAGAAGCAGCAGGACUGGGAAUCUCCCCAGCCACUCUGGAGCUGGAUACCCCUAGGCUGCGUUUUUGCAGUGUUCCCCACUGAAGGCUACGACAAUCACAUUACAACACAUCACAGUUACGUUAUAACAUGUCACAGUCACAUUACAACACAUCACAGUGUUCAUUAUUUGCAGGAAACUGAGGAAACCUUUACAUUUCUCAUCUUGCCUUGUUCAAGUUCCUAGCUUUCAAAAGGGUUUAUUUAAUCUCCUCCCCCCAAGUUUUCAGACCACGAGAGCCUCACACUGUCGUCUUACUUGUUAAGAAAUUAUGGUCCUGGUUAGCAGAGACCUUCUGGGAUCUCCCUGGUGUUAUAGAAUAUGGUGGUGGUGAUAGUGAUAGUACUUCAUAUGCGCCUGUCCCCUCAAUCCUGAGCCCAUUGUCGGUGUCUUUUCAAUGCUUUGUUACAAACCAAGUCCUGGCCAUUUGCAUUCAGUAACGUCCAGAUUUUCAGAUAGGCUGAGCAACUAGAAUUUGCACUGAAUUGGUGGGCUCAGCUUUGAAGUCAGGCCAAAGAGUCAUAUAUAUCUGUGAACAAUGGCCAGACUGCAAUGUGGACAAUUGCAUUCUGUCUGGCUGAUUCCCCUCGCUGAUUUAGAAAUUAUUCCUUUUUUUUCCAUUCCCCUGCAAGAGUUUGGCACAGAAAUGCUGCACCAGACUGCCACGAGGUGGGCAGUUACAUUUCAAAGAGAGAGGACAUUAGCUGCAGAGAGCGAGUACAGUUCUUUUGAGCAUUGGCUGGAGAAAAAAUUCUGCAUAAGACAUGAGUGAUUAUAUUGAUUUAUACAGGUAGUACCUUUAUGCUUUAAAAUGUCAAGAGCCUGAAACAAGCUUUUGAUACCAAAAACUCGAGGGGAAUAAUUACAGGUACAUUUAAUUUAGUAAUCAUGACCAAGACAUAAGCUGGUGCUCCUUACGUAUGUAAACUGAAUGUAGGAUAACAUAACUCACUAACAGAGUGCAUAGCCAUUGUAUUUUCACACCCAGAAGAUUUUUUCCCUUUACAGUCUUCUAUCCCUAACUUCAUAGGCAAGGUAUUUUUAAUAGGUGCUACACUAAAAUAAAGCACAAAUAAAAAAAGGAAAUUCUUUAUUACACCUCCUUGCUGGGGGAAAAUAAUUGGAAAAAUGACGCCUGGUAUUCAUUUGCUUUGGAGUGCAGUGAGAGACUUUGCCUUGAACUAGGAGCUUGGAACAUCUUUAUAGCCCUCCACUAUAUUAAAAAGAUGGUAGGGAAGGAUGUUGAGCAAUACAAAACAGAGCUCCACAGAAGUCAGAGAAGUUUCCAGACUUCCUAACACUGAAGGAUUUGGACCUGCUUCUGGUUUAUUUAAUCCAAACACAGCAUAUUCAUAGGGACCACCAAGGAAAAUCUUAUACAUUUCUUCUGUGUUGGAAAUUUACUUGAUAUCUAGAAUUUUACUUGAAAUCCAAAAUUAGACAGAGAAAGAGAAACAGGGGUCUGCCUUUUUGGUAUAUGCAGACAGUAUUCAAGCUCAGAGGGAGAGCAUUUACAAAAGGCUUCUUUGCCUGAACCCUGCAUCUACUAAAUGCUUCUGCAAGCAAUGGCAAUGAAUAAGCUCCAGCAAUAUUCCUUGUACAAUGCUUAUUUACUGAGCUAAGGAAUACCAUGCAAAACCUGAGGAGUCUUAACAGCUGGAAUGUAACUGUAUGACUGAAUUCAGACCAUGAGGAGAUAAGAACUAAUCGGAUACCGGCUGCAAGGAAAAAAUAAAGAGCCAUUUUGAGUUGAAAAGUGAGAUGGCAGCAGGGUGCUAUCUCAAAAGAGAGAGUCCUACCAGCAGGAUCUGCUACCUUCAUGUAGGAGAGCAGCACGUCCUGGCACAGAAUGCAGUGGUGCAGGUAUAUGCACAUACAAGCACAUGCGGCUGUGUGCACCGUUUUCAUGCUCCUCUGGCUGGUCCUAUGAAGAAACCCCUUCCUAUAACCUGCUUGCACAGAACAAAAACUGAUUCCAGCAGGACUGUGAGGAGGCUGUGUGCUCCCACGUCCCGUGGCCUGGUACACCCUUAUUCACCUGGGGUCCACUGCUUGGCCCCAUAGCCAGUGGGUGUUUGACCCCCUGCUCACCUUGGCCGGGCAGCAGGAGCAGAAAGGAUGGACAAGGAGUGAGUGAUGCCGCCCAUCUCCAUGCCCUUACUGUGCUGAUGCGCUUGGGGCAUCAAAUUAUCGCUUGUGUCUGCCAGCAUUAAGCUAUUACACAGGAGGUGCAAAGGGCUGAGCUGGAGGAGAGGGCUGGGGGCUGAACAGCUUGUGGGGAGUCUCAAUAAUAGCAGCCGAUAGCAGCUUUUCUGCUGCAGUGGUUAGACUCAGUUCAGUCAGGGAUACUGGUGUUCUCUGCAACAGACUGGGAUUUCUUUUGACCAAUUUAGGUCAAUUUGACCUUUCUAAACCAAUAUCUAACUGAAGCUGGAAGACUUGGCCUUCAGGAACAGAGAUUCAGGGCACCCCCCGCCGAGAUACAGCAGAUUCGUCAGGAACAAGACCACCAAUGAUGUUACAGAAUUGCCUUUCGUUUACAUAUCAUCCAUAUUGUAAAUAGGAACACUGUUUUACCUCAUGUACCUAAUUUUUAUGCUCUGCUGCUGCAAAAAGAUAUCCCUGUUUUGUUCAUGGGCUACAGCGAGUGAUCCGUAACCCUCGUGAAUCUUGGCGGCACGUGCCCAUCAGCAAGUCAGCUCAGCCACGCUGACAAAAUCGGGUCUCUCUAAAUGCUCCACAGACUGAUAACUGGGGCGUGCUUGAUGCAUUCAUAGUGCUGCUAAUGCAAACAGAAAUGCCCACUAAAAUGUGAAAGAACCAAAAAUCCCACAGGGUUUUCAGGUACCCCACAGUCAGUGGAGAAUAACUUUUCUGAGGGACUGUUAAACCCUGUUAUAGAGUGAGGGAGGGAGCUGUGGGUAGGGAGGGAGGUGGGAAGGUGGUGUGACCCUCCCUUUGCCAGGCAAACUGUCACCCAAGGUUGUGCCAACACUUAAAGUAGAGCCAGGGACUGCUGUUUAAUCUUGCAGCCCAGAGGCUCAGACAGGCAUGUGCCCCUUGAUCUCCUUGGGACCCCACGUGGUACCCCUGUAGCCUUAAAUGAUAAUAGGUUUUUUAAAAUAUAUUUUUGCAUUUCAGAACCUGAAAUUAUGUGAGGGCUGUAUCAUUGCCCAUCAGAGUGGGGGUUUUUUGUUGUUGUUUUUGUUGGUUUUUUUGGUUUUGUAGCAUGACAUUGAGGGAGUGUGUCGCUGGCCUGACGGGGUGGCAGGAGGACCUGGAGGGCAUUUGUGAGGGCAGAGGCUGCUGGAGGACUCUGCAGGGUGGAGGGACCCACACCUUACCCAUGCUUAUCCAGUCUUAUCCAUGCAGCUUGUUGGGAAGCGGUGGCUGGUGCAUGCUGUCCCCCCAAGCGCCCCUAGGCUCUGGUUUAGAGCAUGCUAAUUUGCACAGCCCCAAACCCACAAAACUAUAGGGCAUAGCUGCAGUGACGUACAGCUGAUCAGUGACCUGCGCUCAGGUCUGCUCCCUGGUCCUUGUUUCCUUUAGGGUGUACGUGGAGUCUAAGGGAAUGGACCACUGAAAUGUCGUGUUUGUUCCCCGAAGGUUGUGUGGUUGUUCCCCAAAGGUUGUAUGUUUCUUCCUUGUCCCCAGUCUUGCCUGGCCUUGUGCCACAUGCUGUCGAAUGGCUGUUUGAGCGGAAUGCAUGAAAACCAAAGCAGGCACUGUGAGGAGAAAGCUGUCUCUCUGCAUCUCACCAUAAAAAGGCAUGUGUGAAAAGGCACAUGGCAUGCUUAUAAACUGGGCCUUGCUGUUCUGGCGUUAUGUUUGCUUCACCACUGAAGAUGAAUGCAUGUGCGCAAAAACCUCAUCAUCUGAAAUGCACCCAGAUCACUGCUCUCAGAUGAACAUUUUGCUGGACCCCCCCCCCCAAUUACAGGGCUUGCUGUCUGCUGCCAAACACAAAGGAAGCAAAAGUUUGUUCUUAUAACUGUUAGCUACUCUUUAUAGAAAUUGCUUGCUUGUGUCUUUUAACUGUUUAAUAAUAUAUUAAUUAAAAAUAAAAUAUUGCAAAGGA